AUGGGUCCCAUAGACAUCAACGUAGAGGCGUCGUUGGGCGGGUUCUGCCUAUGCUGCUUCAACAAGUUUCUACUUUGUUUCAUCUACGAGCGGAUUCAACGGCAUGUAGAUGGCGACGCUGUCGUGACCAGGGAACAGCUGGGCGCAAAGGAGCUGUGUGACCCAAACCAUAAGAAGCUCGCUCAGUGUCUUCAGCAGAUCGGAGAUGAACUGGAUGGAAACCUUGAGCUACAAAGGAUGAUCAAUGACUCUGCCCUCAUCCCAACAAAAGACGUGUUCUUCAAAGUCGCCUGUCAGAUCUUUUCUGACGGUAGAUUCAACUGGGGUCGAGUGGUUGCUCUAUUUUACUUUGCCUGUCGUCUUGUCAUAAAAGAGGGUAUUCGUUCCUACUUCGGGUCGUCCACAUUGCAGACCUUAGGGGUUUUCCUGGCUGGUGUUCUUACCACCGUUAUAGUCAUACGCAAGAUGUGAGGGCCGUUGGAGAAGCAGGGAGGAGAAAGAUGGGAGGAACUACGACUGAGGUAACAGGAACAAAAGGAAGAUGAUCAGAGG